AUGCCUCCUCUGAGCUCGAUGCGGCUUCUAGCUACUCGCGCUGCCUUUGUGGCAGUUUUUGUCGCGUCGCUUGCGACGGCGAUUCCGCAUGGCGACGACGAGGAAAUGAGCAUGGAUAUGCAUUCUGCUGCUGCGGCGACGCCGUCACCGACGGCGCAUGCAAAUAGCGAGGGGCCUAUGAGCUACUUCGCCUAUGGGAAGCACUCGGGCGCCAUCAUGGCGCACAUUACGCUGAUGAUGCUGGGGUGGUGCCUUGUCCUGCCUGCAGCCGUCAUGCUCAGCAUUGCACGCUCGCGCCUCGCACUGCCGUCGCAGUUUGUCUUCUUGCUGUUUAAUGCCUUCGGUCUGCUCCUUGGUAUUAUCUAUAACAGCCAGACCCCCGAUCUCUACGAGAAUAAUGCCCACCACAAGAUUGGCUGGAUCGCGACCUGGGUGGUGAGCGCACAAGUCAUUCUGGCUCUGAUUUUCGCCUACGCUGGCCGCGGCGAGUUGGACUCGAGCUCGAACUCGAACUCGGUCUCCUAUGAGCAUGCUAGCUUCCUGCCCGUCGCGACGGACGAGCGGGAGCAGCGCACGUUCCCGACUGGCCCGAUGCACGGGUACCGCUGGUCUAGAGACAGUGGCCAGGGUACCGAGCCGAACUCCCCUAACCGCAGCCCCGGAUCGCCCUCCUUUGACUCUCCUUCUGAGUGCGAUGGCUUUGAAAAACCCGAUGAGGGGCUUCCGGUGCCAUCGGCCGAGCCGCGCGGGUAUUUUCACAGCACUUUUGUGGACCGAUUCCUGUCGAACCGCGUGCCGGGUAUGGUCUCUAACCGGGUGCUGCGCAUCUUCAAUGGGGUGUAUAAUGUGAUCGAUCGCAUUAUUCUGCCAUUCGGAUUCGCCGCUAUUGCGACUGGUGCGGUGACCUACGGCGGGAUCAUGCGAGGCAAUGAGAUCUUCAAUGGCCUGGCCCACUUCAUCAAGGGUGGCAUCUUCUUCUGGUAUGGUGUGCUGACACUGGGCCGCUAUGUUGGAUGCUGGGCAGAUCUGGGAUGGGCCUGGAACAAGAAGCCUCCCGCGUCUGUUGUUGGCUGGAAGGCAAAGGUCCCAUCGGGCGAGUUCACCGAGUCCUUCGUGAUCUGGCUGUAUGGGGUCACGAAUGUGUUCCUGGAACACCUGUCCAGCCCAGCGGGGGAAUGGUCUGCAACUGAUCUGGAGCACGUCUCCAUCUCUAUCAUGUUUUUUGGUGGUGGCUUGGUCGGUAUGCUCUUCGAGUCCUCGCGCAUUCGCGACGCCCUCAACGAUGCCAUCCUCCGAUCUCCUGCACAAAGCACUCGCGAUGAGAAUUGGCGAGCUCCCAAGUCUCAGGGCGUACCUCUCAACCCAAUGCCGGCUCUGAUCAUCCUACUGCUGGGCAUGAUGAUGGGAUCGCACCAUCAGACCAGCAUGACCUCGACUAUGGUGCACAAGCAGUGGGGCAACAUGCUGGUGGGCUUCGCCCUGGCCCGCGCCAUGACUUACGUCCUGCUGUUCCUGCGCCCGCCCCCCUCGUACCUGCCAUCUCGCCCGCCCACCGAGGCGGUCGCGGCGUUCUGUCUUAUGGCCGGUGGUCUGAUCUUCAUGCUGAGCACCCGCAACGUGAUCGACGCUAUGGAGUACUAUGAGGUGGAUGCGAUGUUUACCUUCACGGUGGGCCUGGGUUUCACCGCGUUCAUCAUGGCGAUGGAGAUUCUCUUCAUCGCCCUGAAGGCCUGGGCAGUGAAGCGCGAGCAGCGCCCGCAGCUGAGCUUCCGCUUCCCCUAA